GUCACGUGUCGUUUUUUCUUACUGACACCGACAUGGCGUCCGUCAUCAAAGAUACGGGCGAGAUCUGGGGUAGAUUGUUCGACCAUCGUCCGUUCAUUCAGGGGGAGAUAACGUUCUUCCUGCGAGAAUUUCAGGAAAAAAGAUCAGACAGGGAGGUAGAACGUCUGUUUAAAAUACUAGAGUAUACGACAGAACUGAAGGAGAGCCAAUUGGACCGUACCGAACAACUUGGUGAUUGUCAUUUACCUAGCCUUAAGGCAAAUGUCGAUGUUACGCUGAGUAUGUGCAAUCGUGUUUUACAGAGGGAGGAAAAUUUUGAUAGUGAUAACAUUUUGAGUGAAAACAGAUUGCUUAGAAAAAAGGAGUGGGAAAAGUUCAUAAAUGAUAUGAGCAAUAAGUGUGAAAAGGUGGACCAGACUUUCCAGGAGAAGGAAAACGAAAUACAGGAGUUCUAUAUUGACUUGGAAAAGAAAUUGCAUAUUACGCCAUAACAAUUAUUUUUUAGUC